GCGAUUGGCCCACGUUGGUGGUCGUAGAGGGGAGUCCCACGGGGUCCGGGCCAGACGACACGUAUGUGUCGCGUAGUUUCUCGAAAUGCCGCAAGAUAACAGCGCCUUCUCGCAGUUGUCAAAAGUAGUCAAAAGCUAAAUUCUUGGUGUGUUAAGUGUCAAGGGAAACAUCCGAGGAAGAACGUAACGGGAAACAUCACAAGAUAAGAAGAUGAGAGCGGCAGUGAUUAUGAUCAGCAUCGCACUCACGUGUGCCGUUGUAGGAAAUGCCUAUUACCAGAAGAAACAAUUCUAUCCAUCCGUGGUCUACAUAACCAAGUCGAACCCGAGUAUGGCUGUCAUUUAUGUACAGGGAUUCAUUCUCGUCUUUUUAAUGAAUACUUUCCUCAGGAAGAUAUUCUUUGGAAAUUUACGAGCUGCUGAACUUGAACACUUGGUUGAAAAGGCAUGGUAUGCGGUAACGGAAACCUGCUUGGCAUUUACUGUUUUUCGAGAUGAUUUCAGUCCAAAAUUUAUAGCACUGUUUACACUUUUAUUAUUCCUGAAAUCUUUCCAUUGGUUAGCCGAGGAUCGUGUAGAUUAUAUGGAGAGAAGCCCUGUUAUCACAUGGUUAUUCCAUCUUCGAGUAACUACACUUCUGGCUCUAUUGUUUGCGUCAAAUUUAACAAUGAUACAUUAUGCCUACAAUUCUACCCUCAUUAAGGGUGCUUCGGUACAAUUAGUAUUUGGUUUUGAGUAUGCAAUUUUGCUGACUGUUGUCUUCAAUAUCACCAUCAAAUAUAUAUUACAUACCAUCGAUUUGCAAAAUGAAAAUCCAUGGGACAAUAAGCCAGUCUUUCUACUAUAUACUGAAUUAAUUAUUGGACUCCUUAAGGUUAUUCUAUACAUUGCUUUUGUAACAAUAAUGGUUAAAAUAUAUACUCUACCUCUAUUUGCUUUGCGACCAAUGUAUUAUACAAUGCGGAACUUUAAAAAGGCAUUCCAUGAUAUUGUUAUGUCUCGAAGAGCUAUUAGAAAUAUGAAUACACUAUAUCCUGAUGCAACACCAGAAGAGUUAGCAGCAGUAGACAAUGUCUGCAUUAUUUGCAGAGAGGAGAUGAUGUCUGCAAGUAAAAAAUUGCCUUGUAAUCACAUUUUCCAUACUUCAUGUCUCCGUUCAUGGUUCCAACGACAACAAACUUGUCCGACAUGUCGAUUAAAUAUUUUGAGACCCCCAUCAAGUAAUUCCACUACGAGGCCUCCAAAUCAACCACAAGGAGGGCCUCAGAUACCCCAACCUGCUCCAGUACCUGGCGCCAAUCAACAUGGUCAGGGCUUCCAGAUACCAUCAUUUUGGGCUGGUUUACAAGCGCAAGCACCACCGACACAAGGGCAAAAUAAUACGAAUGUUCUUUUUCCACCUUUUCAACCUGUUGCACCAGGAAGUGUACCACUGUUUGCUCCUCCGUUUCCACCACCAAUAGUACCUCUUCCACCAGUACCAACACCUCCACCAAACUUGUCUGCACUCAGCGAAGAGGAACUUGCAGCAAUGGAAGGUAACUUGCGGCAAGCAGUUGAAGCCCGAAUCCAAACAUUAAGGAGGGUGCAAUUGCUCUUGGAUGCUGCCAAUGCUAUGAUGAAUCAGUACCACACAGCAGCUGCCACAGCAAACGUUCAAGUGCCGACAGCUACAAAUGCAACUGAAGUUCCUGAAACAAAGAAGGCAGAAGCCUCAAAUGUGAAAGAAUCGACACCUACGAACAGUAACGAGAUCAAUCAGAAUAAUGCAUUCGUUGAAUCUCCUACCACGAAUACAUCCAUUGAAAGCACAUUAUUAAAAACUAGCACAAGCAGUAAUGGUGCUACACCAUCAUCAUCUAGAAGUGAAGUCGAAUCGACAGACGACCAGGAAAUGUUGAGAAGGCGAAGAUUACAGAAAUUUAUUGCGCAACCGACCACGGAAUAAACGCUCGUCGAAUUUUGUGAUAAAUGUGUAAUAAAGAAUAGCCAAUGGCUAAAGUCCUACCUCAAUUCUUCGGCCGUCGAAAGAUCCUUCGGGUGACGAAGAAUUGGGUAUCGAUUACUGACUGAUUCAAAUAGAUAUUGAUAGAACUUUGAGACGGGAAAUAAAAUUGUAAAUCGCAAAGUUUUAUCAGGUAGGAGUUUUUUAGACACUGUCACAUGACGAUUCGGGAACUACCGUUACCACGUAUAGUUCGCGACGUAACAGCUGGCACGUUUCUCUACAUUAAAAAUCAUUAAAAGUAUAUUGUACAUAAGUUUUGAGCUGUGUGAAGGUCUGUUUUCAAAGUACUUCCAGCGUUAGUAAUUUGAAGCACAUUAAUUUGACGUUCGGAGAUGAGGUAUUUUACAAGAUUAUCUGAUCGGAAUUUCCCAAUGACUGGCCUGAAUAUAUCUCUCCAAAACUCAUUUCUUGGCAAUUCAUCAUUUUCUUACGAGUGUCUGUCAAUUGUAAAGAUAAUUCUUUUUCGCAUAUAUUGACAUAAAUGCUGUACAGAUCUUACAAAUGUCGUACGCUCGAUUACACGAACGAAUAGAUGCAUUCUUUUCCAAAAGACGAGAAAGCAGGUUUAAAAUAACUUAGGUCACAAUAGUUAAUGUAUGAUAGUCAUUCUUCUUUACAGCUCCGGAAUGUAUUAAAGGAAUUUGUCUAUUUGAUUUUUGGUAAAUCUUCAUAAAUUAUUAAAGAUUGUCAACCAAACACUGAGGACGACGCCUACGGCCUUUUAAAAUGUAUGCGUCAUCGUUGAAAGAAUAAAAUUCAAGGAGGUUAUUAACAUUUGACUUUUUCAGGACUACCUUUCAAUACUAUCGUACAACUAUUCAAGGCAUAAAUAAUUUCGGUUGUGCUCUGUAUUUGAAAUGACUACUUUUUAAUUGAUUUUCAACAUUUACCUAUUCCAUUCUAGUUUCCUACCAGAUAAUGUACCUAGAAAAUGAUUCAUAUUUUUUCGAGCUAUUUAAAUGUAUAACAUAAGGUUAUAACAAAUAUAUAUGUAUAGUUGAGAAGUCUAGGCUUAGUAAAACAUAAUUUUACGAUUUUAUUAAUCUUUUCACCAAUAUGAUGCACAGAUCAUAUAACAUCAUAACGAUCCUCGUUUCUUAAGAAAUUCUUGUGCAACCAUUUUUUUUUCUGCUAAGGCACAAAAUAAAUAAAUUUUAUUUUAGUUGAAAAUGA